AAGUGCGUUUGUAGGGUUACUCACAAACUCUAGUGCAGCUGUCAAAAAUAUGAGUAGUCUUCAGUAAAACUGAAUCGGAAGUUGUAUUUUGGUUAAAGGACCUUAUAAUGGAUGUUAUAAAUAAACUAUAUUCGUCUGUUAGUAGUACAGUUUCGCAAUUGUCAGGAGUUUUGCCCGGAAAUCCGGUCACCAGGGAAUUUGAGGCUACUGAACAUAUAGCCAGUGCAGGACCUGGUUUACUAUGGAAAAUAUACCGCGGUUACAAAAAAUCAACAAAACAAUCAUGCUCCAUAUUCGUCUUGGAAAAAAAGCAACUAGACAACUUAUCAAGAGAUGAAAAAGAAUAUAUUUUAGAUACUAUGAAGCGAGGAAUAACUCAACUUACUAAAAUCCGGCAUCCAAAUGUUUUAACAGUGCAGCAUCCUUUGGAAGAAAGCAGAGAAAGUCUGGCUUUUGCAACAGAACCUGUGUUUUCAAGUCUGAGUAAUUUAUUAGACAAAGGGGUUGGAGGGAAUAGUAAUAAUAUGCCACAGCCAGUACCAAAAGGUAUAGCAAGUUACAAGCUCUACGACGUAGAAAUCAAAUACGGCUUACAACAAAUCUCAGAAGGUCUCAUUUUCUUACACAAUGACAUGAAAAUGCUGCACCGGAACGUCCAGCCUGAAUGCAUCAUUGUAAACCACAUGGGCGCUUGGAAACUAUUCGGCUUUGAAUACUCAAUAAUAGGCCAACAAACAUCUAAUGAAAACACAAUACAAUUUCCAUUCAGAGAAUACAAUACUUAUGUAAACAAACUCAACGAACCCUGUUUGAAAUUCUUGGCUCCUGAAUGCCAUUUAAUCAAGUCUGUUAGUCAAUCCAGUGAUGUGUAUUCUCUGGGUGUUUUGUGUUAUGAGUUGUCCAGGAAGAGUAAAUCCGAUAGCGGGGACUUUGAAUACAAAGAUUUUAAUAAAAUCAAAAGUGUGCCCAGUUGGAUUGUCUUGGUGGAUGAAUCGUUGAGGGAUUAUGUUAAGCUGAUGUUGCAUCAUACACCGGAGAUGAGACCGGAUAUUUUAUUUUAGAUUCCAUACUUUGAUGACAUUGGUGUGAAAAUGAGUUAUCUGGAUUCCUUAUUCCAAUGGGACAAUUUACAAAAAUCAAAAUUCUACAAAGGGUUACCUCAAAUUUUGCAAAAGUUGCCUCCAAGAAUUUGCAUUUACCGAGUGUUUACCAUCUUGUUAAAGAGUUUGUUAAAUCCACAUAUGGUGCCUUUUGUGUUGCCAAAUAUUUUAUUAAUUGCCGAAAUAUGUUGUACCCGUGAAGAAUUUUCAAAAUAUAUCUUGGUACAUUUGAAGCCGGUUAUGAAACUGCAGGAGCCUAUACAGAUUUUGCUGAUAUUCAUGCAGAAAAUGGAAUUGUUGCUGAAACUGACAUCACCGGAAGAUGUUAAGAGCGAUGUUCUGCCAAUGCUGUACAGGGCUUUAGAACCAACAUCAACUCAACAAAUCCAAGAACUAUGCCUCACCGUUCUCCCAACAUUCUCAAAUCUAAUCGAGUACAGUGCAAAAAACUCAGUUUUGCCAAGAAUCAAAAAAAUAUGCUCAACAACCGAUAAACUAUCUCUACGAGUCAAUUGCUUGCUGUGUUUAGGAAAAUUAUUGGGAGAUCUUGAUAAAUGGCUCGUCCAUGAUGAGGUGUUGCAAUAUUUGCCAAGUUUGAACUCAAGGGAACCUGCAGUCGUCAUGGGAAUUUUAGGUAUUUACAAAUUGGCUCUGAACCACAACAAAUUAGGCAUUUCCAAAGAGUUAUUAGCAAGUAAAAUAAUUCCAUUCCUGGUGCCGUUGAGUAUAGAAAAUGGUUUAUCGUUGAACCAGUUUGAAGCUGUUACCAGUUUGAUCCAGGAGAUGAUUGCUAAAGUCACGAGUGAACAGAGGGAGAAACUGAAACAGAUACACGGAUUGAGAGACGAAACCAAAACAUUUGAUAUGUCCGCUCUAACCCAGUCACCAAAUGCAUUAGUUCCAACAAGUUUAGAGCCAAAAACUAAAGAAUCAGAUAAAACUUUCUCAAAUCUGGGACUUGAUGAUUAUUUGACGUCAAUGGAAAACUUAGGCAAUGAUAAAGCUGCAGUUAAUAAUAAAAAUGAUACAAGUUUACUCGAUUGUUCUGGUAGAGAUAAGAGUUUGUCUUUGCAAGAUAAACAGAGAAUUGUGUCACAACAAGAAUUCGCCCAAAAAAUGAGAUCUCAACCAGCAAUUCUCCAACCACAAAAUCCAAUCUCAAAACCAACAAACGAAGCAACAAAUUUAAUGGAUUCGAACUUAAGCCAAAUGUUCAACCAGCAAACAAAACUAUCAACAACAACAACGACAGCAACACAACCAAAUUACAACCAAAACUCCUGGAGCAGCAACAUCAACCAAAACUUCACCAUGAAUGGUACCAAUUUUCCAAACCAGAACAUGGUCAGUAACCCUAAUUUUAAUCAACAACCAAAUUUCAUGGGUAACCAGAAUUUCACAACCAAUUUCCAAAAGCCUAAUUAUAAUAUAUCGACGAGUACGAUGAAUCAGAGUUUUAUGAAUUCUAGUUUUACGAAAAAUGGUUCUAUGGCAGCUUUCGAUAGUUUAUUAACGUCUCCGACGAAUUCUAAUAAUAAAAUACCUAUGAAUAGUAUGCAAACUAAUUCUAUUAACCAGAAUUUUAUUAAAAGUAAUACCGAGACGAAAAGUUUGACAAAGGAGGAUAUUUUUGAUUUACUUAGCUAA